AUGCUGCGAAUGAAUGCGGUCGGACCGGAAAGUGAGCGCGCGUUGGAUCGCAAUGUUCGAGUGGGAAAGAUGAUGGCGAGAAGAGAGCUCUACAAGCAGAGAGUGUGUGUGCGAUUCAACGCGAUUCGACGGCGAGCGAGCGAGCAGUGGAAAGGUGGGAGGAUGCAGACCAGAUGCGACAUGCGCUGGCAUUCAAGAGAGGUGUCGGAUUGGACGCGGGCGCGGCUGACGUCGGAGCGGGCGCCGAAUGGAGAUGCGCACGAGAGGGUGGUGCAAGCAGGGCGGCGGAGCGGAGAGGUGAGAGAUGCAGGCAGUCUGCAGUCUGCAGUGCGACGGUCGCGCAGGAGGGAGUGGGAGGGUACCUUGGGUUGGUGGUGUGAGAAGGAGGAAAGAUGGCCGAGAGCUGAUCGCGACAGACGGAGAGAGUUCACCUACUCCCUCCCACUUCCGCGACCUGCAGCACGGAGCGUGGAAUCUCUGAACCUUGGGAACGGCAAGCGACCGGUGGUGUCGUUAGUCUCCCUGCCGGCGGGAUGGACGGGAAAGGCGAGGGGGACGCCUUGCACAAAUCAGAUCCUCGGGGCCGGCCUGGUUGGCUGUGGGCCUGGCUGUCGUCGCAGCGUGACCAGGCAUCAUGUCUACCAUGUACCUUCAAUGCUGUACUCUUACAUGCGUCGAAGCCAGGGCAGAGCAGCAUCUCAACCCCUCCGCUUCAUGGGCCCGGCACACGUUGUACCGCUGCCUCCCUCCCGAGUCCCGACUCCCGAGCGAACCACAGCCGAUCUUUCCAAUGCCAUCCCGCGUGACUGCGCAGAGCCUUUCUCUGUCGCUCGUGAAGAGCCACCUCCAGCUCUCGCGGUGGCUUCAGGAACCUCGAAUCUCAGCCGUCCGCUAAUGCAGUGA